AUGGAACAUAAACUUAUUCGUUCUCCAUCACCGGAUUUUUCUACACUAACGUAUGAUGAACUUGAACAAUUGGAACAAGUGUUACGAAAACAAACUGAAAUUGAAUAUGAACAAAAUCAAAGUUUGUCAGGAUUAAGAAGGACAAUGAUACAUUUACAACAGACAAUUAACGAUGAUAAUCAACAACGUACAAUAUCGGAGAGUACUCCUACUAACUCUACUAUGAUGUCAACAACAAAUUUAUGUUAUAUUUGCUCAACAACAUGCAAUCAAAUUAAUUCAUUUUCAUCUUUGUCAUUCUUAGAAAAUCGUGAACAAUUACAUUAUUGUCACGAUUGUCAACGACUUGUUUGUCGACGAUGUGGUAAUUAUACGAAUACAGAUUUAAUUUUGCAAUCAAAUGAUGAAAAUCGUUCAACAUCAAAAUGGUGUUGUCGUAUAUGUCUUGUCAAACGAGAAGUUGUUAAGAAAUCCGGUACAUGGAAUAUAGGUGAGGAAAAUUUUGUACACUCACCAAUAAAAUUAUUACACAAAUUAGUCACGUUUCGCACAACAUCACAAUCGACUAAUACUUCACCGACAUUAUCAUCACCAACGUCUACUAUUCGAUCGUCACCGUCAACUGAACGAAAACUAUCCAUUUUAGAACCCUCGAAUUUUUUUUCCCGUUUAUGGCGUGAUGCAUCUCGUUUAGCUAUUACAAAUCAUACACCGACAAUGCAACAUCUUCCAUUAUCUUCUACUCAUGAAAAUGAAUCAUCGUUUGAUCACUUAUCUGACGUAUACACAGUGCCUUCAUCCGAUCAAAAUAUCUCACCUCUAGCAAACAUGUCACCUCCAGCAAAAAUUUCAUCUCCAAAAACUCGACGUAUGUCAUUUAUGAGAGAAAUAACUCGGACAGCAGACGAUUUGAUGUCAGGUAAUAAUACUACUAGUCAAACAAAGAAAAAGUUAACACAACAUGCAUCGAAUAUAAUCACAGUGCCGUCUUUUAAAGAUUACUUACAACCUCAUCAACCAGAUGAUAGCUUAAGUGAAAUAAAAUUAGAAAGUUUUGAGCCAAAUGCCUCUGGUGUUCUAUGCAUGAUGCAACUCACUGAUAAAAAACAUGUAUCUUGUGUUAAUUACGAUGAAAGACCACGAACUCUGAGUACUAAUAUUUACUCAGACGAACAAUUUAACAAUACAAAAACAACGACAACAGUUCUGACGAUGCCAUCGUCAAGCGAUAAUACAUAUGAUCACAAAGAAAGUGCAAGAUAUAUAGUGGAACACAUUGAUAGCUUAUCACAUCCAGAAGCAAGCAUUGACUUAUCAACGGUAAAUUAUUGUUCAUCAUCGAUGAUUAUGUGUGAUGAAAAUGAAAAUGAAGAUGAUCAUUUACAACAGAAAGCCAGUCGAUCAGUACACCGAAAUUCUGAGUCAUGGACGAGAAAAAGAGCGCUGAUGAAGAGAAAUUAUGAAUGGACAACGACAGUAGAGGGCAAGGAUGAGUCUAAUAGCACAAAUCAACACUGCACAUCAACACCGCACUCGCCCCCUAUAGCUUCCACCAGUUUAAAAAGAACAGCAUGUAGUUUACCAUGUGAGACAGAAAGUCCUCCGAAUUCGCUGAGAAGUAAACAUGAAGAAAAGCGACGGUCGAAGGAUAUAGAGUUUAGUUUCAACGAUUAUGUUGAAGAAACAAACACUUCAAAUAGGAAUAAGAUCGUAUCGGUGCUAGGAGAAAAAAGUGCUAAUUAUCCUUCAGACAUUGGCAUUUCACAUAAUCGAUCCCCAUCGCGACGUUUACCUGAAAUACCAAGUAAUACAAAUAAUAGUAAAAGUGGUAAAAAUAAACGAAAUAUAUCGAAGCAAACGCUAUCAUCGAAUGUGGCAGCCUCAUCUGGUUUCAAUCAAUUGAGUGAUAUCAGUGCACCACAAAUUAGUAAUGGAGAUGAAAUAAAGGAGAAAUUUAUAACACAAUCAGCAACAGCACCAAAUAAACAUCCAUCAAAUGUACCACGAGAAAAUUCGUUAAGUAAUCGUUCAACUCGAAGUAAAAGUAUUGAUUCGUCCUCAUCAGAAAAAUAUCGGCUAACACCAAAAGUACCAUUACAACAUACACAAAAUGCAAAAUCAAUUGACUUAUCAAAUCUAUCUCGGCGAAGAUCAUUUCUUGCUGUUGAUAGUGGAUUACUGUCUCAAAGGUCAAUCGAUUAUCCUUGUAUUGUAAGAAAACAACAAGAUUUGUCGGAUAUCGUUCGUCGACGAAUGUUAUAUUCAAAAAUAUCAAAACAAGAUACAUUUUCUUCCAGCGUCGAACGUGAACAUAUACCAAAAACGCCAAGAAAAAUAAUUAUAAGACAAGAUAAUAGCAUAGAAAUUGCUUUGAGUAAACCACCAAAACUAAGACGCCAUACAUUAUCUGAAGAUUACUAUUGCGGUACUGAACCCGAGUUUUCCACCAUGAUAAAAGAUACAACUAAUUCUACAUUAUUACCAAUACCAACACCGUCCGCAACUGGAGGUGAUCGACGAAAGACAAUAGAAACAUGUGAAAAUAUAUUUUUACAAGCCGAAGAAAGUUCAAAACUUCGUGCGCGUACACCACCUUCAAAUCCCCAUCGUAUAUUACUUCAUCGAGACAAAAAUGAUCCAUCGAAAAGAACAAAUGGUUUAGGUAUGAGAAUAGUGGGCGGUCAAGAAUGUGAAGAUUCUAGUUUGGGAUGUUUCGUUACAAUGAUAUCAUAUGGAGGACCAGCUUCUGUGCAAGGAAAUAUUGAAGUAGGAGAUCAAAUACUAGAAUUCAAUGGUCAUUCGUUGAUUGAUUCGACCUAUGAAGAAGUUCGUACUUUACAAGACCAUUGCGGUGAUAUUGUUCAAUUGGUUGUUCAACAUAACAAUGUUCGAUUACAGAUAAACGGACAAAAUAUGACAUCAUUAGAAAUAUCAAGACAUUUUGAAACUGUUCCUCGUUUGGGUCCAUCAUCAACCCGAAAACGACGAAAUUUAUUACCAUUGCCAUCAUCUUUGUCGUCAACAUUUCCAAAACAAUCAAAGAAACAAUUAUUUGAAACGGUAGAAACACUUGAAGUACCUAAUGUCAAGGAACUGAAGCCCAUUCUAAUUAAUAGAGGACGCCUAUUAGCACAAAUUUGGCACGAUGUUGAAGAUUUAAAAUUAGCUUUAACAGUAAUUCAAGCAGGAAAUUUACCAUUGAGACCCAAUGGCGAUUCACCAUAUGCCUACAUCUCGGGUAAAAUGUUAUUUGAUGAUCGUGGUUUUGAUAUGUUUGAAACAAAAGCAAUUCAUUCGUGUAAUCCUGUAUGGAAUGAAACAUUUGUCUUUCAUGAAGUUGAAAAAGUGGAUGUGCUACGUUUAGAAAUAUUUUUAUGGGAUAAAAAGAAACAAAACUAUCAUACUCAUGAGGAAAAUGAGGAAUUUAUUGGCAUGGCACAAUUACCGUUGAUAGAGGCUAACUUAGAAGAUGAACCACGCUGGUAUGAAUUACGUGAUCGACAAAUGCGAAAACCAUCAACGACAAGUGUGACAUUUGAACCAUCUUCAAAUGAAAUUCAGGAUAAUCUAAUUAAACUACCGGCACAUCAAAGUAUCGGACAAGACGAUGAUGAAAAUGAAUCAUUAGCACGUGGAUCAAAUAAUGGAAAAUCAAAAAAGGCUUUAAAACAAAAUGUAAUAAAUGAAUCGAACGAUAGACAAAGUUCAUCCGGAUCUCAAAUCAUAUCGUCACGUCAAAAAAAUAAAAUGAAUACAAAUCUGCCAGAAAACAGUAAAAAAAAUUCACUCACUCUUGGAUUAACACCUCAUCUUUUUCCCGAAUAUAACGUUACUCGAAAUACUUUGCAACGUGCAAGUAUCGGAGAAAUACCAUCAGCAAAUGAUAAAUCAAAAGCAAUAACGAAUUCAACUAAAUUAAAACGUGGUAUAUCCCAAGGUCUUACGCGAUUAUUUGUGCUGCGGCGCUUUAGCGAUACGGGUUUAGGGAAAUCAAACAUGGUUAUUGAUAGUGAAGACGAUGAUUUAAAUCUAAAAGCAUUACCAUGCAAUACGACAAACUCGUCUAGUAAUCUACCGGUUAAUUUUCGUCCAAAUCGUCGUCCAAGUGAGUGUGGAACACAAAUACAGCCGAUGAGUCCAACACUAAUCUCAUCUUCCCCACGAAAUAGUCUCAUUCCCGCUGAUGUAUUAAUGGUAACAACGAACCCUUCAGCUCGUUCAUCCAUAUGUCAGCAACUUCUUCCUCAAGCAGUAGUACCGUCGCCUCUCUUGUCUCCCUUUGGCCCAUUACAAAUGCAAUUACUACCACCAUACAUGAUGUCUUCUAGACAUUCAUCGAUUUCUGGAUCAAGAAAAUCAUCGGCUGCUUCGUAUUGUGAUAGUGAAGAUGAUAUUGAUAGAUACUUUAAUCAAACAAUGUCCGAAAAUAUAGUUGAAGAUGGCAACAAUAUACAUAGUCAUCAGCUCGGUGUAGCUCAAGUAGGACCAAGAAAUUAUGAAAAUAUAAUCAAUGAUGAUAUGCAUGUAGGACAAAUUCAAUUGGGUCUAAUUGUAACCAAAGGUUUACUUGAAAUCGAUGUUAUAAUGGCCAGAGGACUAAAAAGGGUAGUAGAUGGCAGUAACAACAACGUAAACAAUGAAUCAGAGCCGCCCGAUACCUAUGUUAAAACAUACCUUCGAACGGGCACAAGACGCGUGCAAAAACGUAAAACGGCUGUUAUCAAAUCUAAUUUUAAUCCACAAUAUAAUACAAAAUUGAAUUAUAACGCAAGUAAUGUGAUGGGCCGUCGUAUGCAAGUGAUGGUGUGGCAACGAGCGAAAAAAUUUGAAAAAAAUCAAUGUAUCGGUGAAGCAUUCAUCUUGUUAGAUAACUUAAAUCUAACUCAACACACAAUAGCAUGGUAUAAAUUGUUUCGUGAACAUACGGUAGAAAGUGAUUUUUAUGAUUCGAGCUAA